AUGUCUAAGUAUAAGUGGAGGGAUUUGGUUGAUAUAAACUCUAAGACACGUUCUCAUCUAUCAGCUCUUUCCUGCAUUGCACACAUCGAUGCUAACGCCUUUUUCGCACAAGUUGAGCAGAUUCGAUGUCAUUAUACUAAAGAUGACCCCGUUGUGUGUGUUCAAUGGUCUUCGAUAAUCGCGGUAUCAUAUGCUGCAAGAAAAUACGGCAUAACACGAAUGGACUCCAUAGGUGAUGCGCUCAAGAAAUGUGAUAAAUUAGUUCCAAUUCACACAGCUGUUUUUCGCAAAGGUGAAGAUUUUUGGCAGUACCACGAUGGAUGCGGAUCAUGGGUUGAUGAUGAAGAUAAGAAACUUACACCUGAAAAUUUCAAAGUGUCUUUAGACCCUUACAGAAGGGAAAGUCGUAAGAUUUUGAAAGUAUUCAAUGAAUGGUGUGAUGUUGUUGAAAAGGCUAGUGUCGAUGAGGUCUUUCUUGAUCUAGGGAGAUGCUGUUUCUCAAUGCUAAUGUUUGAUGAAUCCGUACACUCUUUUAACGAGAUUAGAAGAGUGUUCAAAGAGGGAGAAUAUGAUCUUGAUCUCUACUUACCACCGGUACCGAGAAAUUUGGAUAUUCAGUUCGACGGUAACGUUUACAAUCCCGAAAAACGCAGCCUUUUCGAAGACUGGGAUGAUGUGAUCUUCUGUUUGGCGUCGAUCCUUACCAACCGAAUUCGAAGUAACAUUGAGGAAGUUCUUGGUUAUACAACCUCUUGUGGCAUUGCCAGGACCAAAAGCAUAUCCAAGCUGGCUUCGAAUUUCAAGAAACCAGCUGCUCAGACCAUUAUUAAGAAUUCAUGUAUAGAAGACUUCUUAGACAAUGAGAAAUUCGAAAUUACCUCAUUUUGGAGCAUGGGAGGUAUCACUGGACAAGAAUUGAGUCAACUGUUAAAUCUACCGAAAGAGAAGACGAUAAAAUACAUUCGCGAUUCUUGGCCAACUACCAGUGAUGAGCUCAAAGGUUUCAUUGAUACCAAGUUGCGCGAGAUGGGAAAAGACCGUGACAAAUACCAUACAAUCGACGAGACUCAAACGCAGGCCAUAGCAGAUAAACUAUUUCAACUAGUACGAGGCGAAUAUCGAUUGUCCGUAAAUGCAAAACCAAUGGUCAAGUCCAUGAUGUCCAAUAAAAAUCUGAGAGGAAAUUCUUGUAAAAAUUUUAAGGAUUGCAUCGCAUGGCUGGAAGUUUUUAGUGGGGAACUAGAUGGUAGAAUUCGCGAACUUGAACAAGAAUAUAACCGUUUGUUCAUACCUAAAACGAUUGCAAUCUCCGUUAGGGGGCAUAAAUUUCAAAAACAUGCAAAAAGCUCCAGCUUAAUGUUUACUGGGUCUCAUAUCCACAGUAAAGACUUUUUGGAGGCAGGAUCCCGGCUGACGCAGGAGUUGGAUAUGAAAUUUGGAAAAGACAGUGGAUAUUACCCCUUGACGAACUUGAACAUGUCGAUAUCUAAUUUUGAGAUCUUGGAGAAAGGGAAAACUAUUGUCGACAUGUUCGGAAGGCAAGCUCAAGUCACUAAAAAGGUCGAACCCGGAAAUUUCUCCUCUGUAGAGAGCGUCACCGCUGAAAACAAAGAGUCACUCUUUUUAUGUCAGCCUUGCGACUUAAGUUUUAGUAGUGAGGAGCAGUUGCGGGAGCACGCUGAUUACCAUUACGCUCUAAAGCUUUCAGAAAGCCUCAAUGGGGCGAACGAGGAUUCUAAGAAUCUUUCCUACGGUGAAAGAAGGCUACUUUUCUCAAAAAGAAAAAGGCCCGCUUGUAGUAGCAGUAAAAAUGAUAGUAAAAGAGUUAAGAGCACGCCACAAAGUGAUAUAUAUAAAUUCUUCAAGUAA